UUAAAUUGUGCACCCAUCACAAACAGUGAUUUGCAAAAGAAAAAUACGCCGAAGAGGGAAACUGCAAAGCUCGCGCCAUCUGUCAAUAGCUGAAACGAGCUAUUAAGCAACUCACAAAUAAGCAAGUCACAAACCCGGCCAUAUCAGCUCAAAUUUAUAGGAACCUUCCUCUUCUCCUGUCACUUCUCUCCAUAAUCAAUUUCUCUCUUUCUUUCAGAAGCACACAGAGACUAGAAAUGGACAGUAGCACAGAUAUCGAAGGACCUGUAAACUACGCUGUUAAUGGUAGGAUUAUGCUCUGCUCCGGCAUCGCUAUCUUCUUCGUUGUAUUCCUUAUAGUUUGCUUCAAAAGCCAUGCCCGUUGGUUUCUUUACCGCCGCCGACGUCGUAUCGGCCACCACCGCCGCCGCCGACCAACCGAACUGUUCUCUCACCCUGUUUUUCCAACCACCACAGACUCUGUUUCACUUUCUCCUCAUGAGGGCUUAGAUCUCUCCGUCAUCAAAACCCUCCCUACCUUCAUCUACUCCAUUACCACCACUUCUCAUCAUCGUGACCACCACCCUGUAGCACUUCUUGAAUGCGUCGUCUGUUUGUCCCAAUUCGAAGACGAAGAACAGGGCCGUGUGUUGCCCAAUUGCAAACACGCGUUUCACGUCCAAUGCAUCGACGCCUGGUUUCAAUCCCACUCCAAUUGCCCUCUUUGCAGAGCUCCGGUUCGUUCUGAUUUUCCGGUUCAUCUACCCGAAACCUCGACACAGACCAUAAUCACAGUCAAUGAACAACCAGAGGUUGAAGCUGAGCUAAGGGGUUCUUCGGAAUCUUCGAUGCCGGAGGUUUUAUCUUCGGAGUGGUGUCGGAGAAAGCCAAUGGAGCUGGAGAGUGUUGCUGUGGAGGUUCCUUGUACGAGAGUAAGGAGUAUGGACGAGAUGGGUUUAGGUUCACAUGAAUUUGGAAGCCACAGGUCAAAAUCGCCGGCGCAUCGGAUAAUACAAUUGAAGAGGAUCUGGAGCAUAUAGCGCCAGAGUUUUUAAAUCGCAAUACUGUAUGUGAGAUUCUGAUUGAGACCGGAAUCCGUAGCGCCAGAGUUUUUAAAUCGCAAUACUGUAUGUGAGAUUCUGAUUGAGACCGGAAUCCGACAGACAGUUCAUCGGAAAUUGAAUCUGAGAACUGGACUGGGAUUCUGGUUUCGAUUCGAUGUGAGCCGACAUUUAUGAAACGUGGCUGUUGUUUGCA